AUGGUGGUGGUGGUUGGUGGCGGUGGCGGUAAUGGCUGCCGCAAUGGUAGUGGUGGUCAGGACUUGACGGGUUUGGCUGGGAGCCCUGCAUAUGUUGCACCAGAAGUGUUGUUGGGUAGAUACUCAGAAAAGGCGGAUAUAUGGAAUGCUGGAGUGCUCCUGCAUGCUCUGUUGGUUGGUGUUCUUCCAUUUAAAGGGGAUUCACAAGAAGCAGUUUUUGAGGCUAUUAAGAAUUCCAAGCUAGAUUUCCAAACCGGGAUGUGGGAAUCAAUAUCUAAACCUGCACGAGAUCUUGUUGGGAGAAUGCUGACAAGGGAUAUUUCAGCAAGGAUAACAGCUGAUGAA